AUGGCUCCAUACGAAUCCCUAAUAUCAUUCACCCUCGACUUCACAUGCCCCUGGACCUACCUCGGCAAGCGACGCCUGGAAAAGACCCUAUCGCAGUACCGGCAGCAGCACCCGCCCUCGCCAGACAGUGGCGCCGUAGUUUUCACCCUCAGCUUCCUGCCGUACCAGCUGCAGCCGGCCUUCCCAGCCGGCGAGGAGCGCGACAAGCGGCGCUGGCUGAGCGAGCAGCCCCACGGCGGCUCGGAGGAGGCCACCGCCACGUUUGCGGAAAAGAUGGCCGCCCUGGGCGCCGAGGAUGGGAUCGCGUUCAAGUCGCUGUCGGCGGGCGUGGUGGCCAACACGCUCGAGGCGCACCGCGUGCUGCACUGUCUGCAGCAGCAGAAUUCUGCGCAGGGCGGGGGAGCUUUCGAGCCGGCGACGUUCGUCGACAGCGUCUAUGAAAGCUAUUUUGAGAACGGGUGCAGUCCCAGCAGCAGGGAGACUUUGAUGCUGGCCUGCAAGGCGGCGGGCGUGUCUGAUGAGGCGGCUGCAGAUAUUGUCGAUGGUGAUGAGGGGCUGGCGGAGGUAAAGAUGUUGAUACGAGAGCAGAAGAUGAAUGGCGUCGAUUCUGUUCCGUAUGUUGUCUUUGAAGGGCGCAAGAGGGACUUUACUCUAGUUGGGGCAAGGUCGGUGGAAGAGUACGGCAAGGUUCUGGCCAACAUUGCCAAGGAGAGCGUAUGA